AGUUCAUAAAAUCAUUAUGCUUUUAUUACCCGCUGCCAGAUUUUUGUUUCUGUUGGGGAAUUUGCAUGUCACCAGCGAUCUCGAUUUCCACGUCUGCCAUCCUUUCUUUUACUGUUCAGAUCUUUCAAAAAUGAUCACCGCGUGACAAAGAAGUGACCAGAUGCUACUACUACAUACACCUAUCUUUUAUCUUCUGUUUUGCUUGUUUUUUUUUCACGUGAAGCCUCGCAUCCCCACCACGUGGCGUUCAGGCGUCUGCAGCCUCGUUUUAGGAGAAGACGAAACCCGUCGUAAGCUGUCAACUCGUGUUGAAUAUGGCGACCGAGCUCAGGGUGGGGAGAUUGUCGCAAUCAAAGUUCAUGUUACACGCAGUUAUACGAUAUACAAUACUAAUAUCGUGGGUUUAAUGAAGAAACAGGACUGAAACGACAACUGUCACAUUUAUCAUAUUAACUUGUACAUUAUGAAAUAAAUUAAUUUUAGCAUUAUUAGACAUGUACAUAGUACGAAAAGAUACGAUGUGUUGUCGCUUCAGUUCUAUAAUCUGCGUGCAUCGUGUAAAAUGGAGCGUGGACGCUAUCCUCACUACCACUCCACCCUGAGCCUGGACGCCAUUUUCUAGCACGUCCUGACAGUAGGUAAGGCUGGGCAAGGCAGGCGCUGUAAAAUUCCCACAUAUCGCACAUCGGACCACUAUGUUACCCCUACCAUCGACAGUCGCUAACGCUACACAUCUACGCGUGUACGCGUACAAACGCUACAGGUUGCAGCUGCUCGAUAAAAAUUCUUUCACUGCCUCCUUCGUAAAACUUCUUUCACGAAAAGGGCUCUUUGUCCGGUUAAGGAAUAUGAAAGUUUUAAAUGGUGAAUGAGGUCAUCGCUGUAAAGGCAGGAUUUGUUUGCAUCGGUUCUCCGUCAGGUCAUCAUCGCUUAUUUUAAAGCGUCCUUCGAUUCCAGGUCGAAACUUUCGAAGACAUAAAACGUGACACAAAGUUUUUAGAAUUUCUCUACGUAUGGUCCUCUCCCUUGAAAAGUGUGUGCAGAUGACGCUACUAUGUUCGUCCAUUGUGAGUAAUUGGAGCCAAUAGGAGUGCACGUUACAUCGAAUUUUACAUCCUCUUAUUUCAAACGUGGCCGAUAAUUGGUCGGCCAAAAUUUCCCAAGUAACAUCGGGCCACCCGCCAUAACGAACAUAGCGUGGUACGAGCGAUUGUUUGAAUGAACGUGCUUCAAACGUAAUUGACAAGAUAUUUCUAGACCGAUUCUAGUUUAGUGUACGCAGUGCACACAAGACAGUAACAUUAACGAGAAUUUAAUGGUGACAUUUUGAAGACAUGGAAAUCGCACAGAAGUUGCAUUUUGAAGCAUGCGACAUUCGGGACGAAGAGCUGAAUAUCAGCUGUCGUACGAACAGCUCCGGUUGUGAUGUAGAUGAUAUUUUAAAUUCUUCGGCUGAUGAUCUUGGAUGUUCACCACUUCAACCAAGAAAAUUAUCGUUCAGCAAUACCAUGGAUUGUAGUGACUGUGAAAGUAACAGUAAUCAAAACGUGCUAACCAAUAACAACAAGACACCGGUCAGCAACGUGAUAGGUACAUCAAGAAUUAGGAUUCCUCCUCGUGAGAAUGCAAAUUCACAAAAAGUGUCAUUGGCAUGCAGUCCACCUUAUAAACGUGUUAGAGCCUUACGGCUGUUUGAUUCUCCUGCUACUCCUAAAACCUUAAUGGAAAAGAGUGCAAUGCAUACUCCAUUUCCUUCCAAGUGUACCAGAUUAUUUUCUUUAGAUAAACCAAGACCAUGUAGCUACCAAACCAAAACUGACAAACCAGCAGCUAAUGUAAAUCCUUUUACACCAAACGGAAUGCUGUUAACUGCAAGGAAGCGUACUAGAUCCAAACGUAGUCUCAAUGGCUCUCCUGAUAUUCAAGUUACCAAGUUUGAUUUCGUCGAUUCUGACGACUCGGAUAACGAGAUAGAGCAAGCAACGAAACGGGUAGCAUUACAAGAUUCUAAUAUUCCUAGAUACCAUCAGGAAUUCCACGAACUUGGUUUAAUUGGUAUUGGGGAAUUCGGAUCGGUUUAUAAAUGCAUCAACCGACUAGAUGGGUGCACAUACGCCAUUAAAAAAAGUAUUAAGCCUGUUGCUGGAAGUAUUAACGAGAAAAAUGCUUUAAACGAAGUUUACGCGCAUGCUGUGCUCGGUAAACAUCAACAUGUUGUACGGUAUUAUUCGGCAUGGGCGGAAGAUAAUCAUAUGAUAAUCCAAAACGAGUAUUGUAAUGGUGGUAGUCUAGCGGACGCCAUUGCCAAUUUACAAAAAGAAAAUAAGCAUUUCACAGAAGCAGAAAUGCGACAACUUUUAUUACAUGUUGCCGAAGGUUUAAGAUACAUUCAUAGUAUGCAGUUAGUACACAUGGACAUUAAACCUGGAAACAUAUUCAUAUCGAAAGAGAAAAGGUUACUGGCGGUUAAUUAUGACUCUGCGGACGAUGGAUUUGACGAGGAAGAAACCGUCGAAGAAGAAAUUACGUAUAAGAUAGGUGAUUUAGGUCACGUUACAUCUGUUAAUAACCCCCAAGUCGAAGAAGGAGAUUGUAGAUAUUUGCCAACCGAAAUUUUACGAGAAGACUUUAGCCAUUUAUCAAAAGCUGAUACUUUUGCCCUGGGACUAACUGUUUAUGAAGCAGGUGGUGGUGGUCCAUUGCCUAAAAAUGGACCGGAUUGGCAUAAUAUUAGAAGUGGAAAUUUAAAAGAAUUACCACAUUAUAGUCGUGAUCUUAACGAAUUGCUUAAAUCAAUGAUCCAUCCCAAUCCUGAAAUGAGGCCUUCAGCGGUGUGCCUUAUUCAACACAGAGUAUUGUGUCCAUUCGGAAAUAAAACAAAAGCUCAACUUAGACGAGAGUUGAACGCGGAGAAACUUAAAAAUGAAAUUUUAUCGAAACAGCUCGACGAAGCUGCGAAAUGCUUAAAAACCAUAGCUCCAAAUGUGGCAGCCAUAAAUAAUACACUGAACGCUGGUGGAGGCUACAAGUUGAGACCAACACCAACAAGGACUUCGAAUCGGGUUUUGGGUAAAAAGGUCAAUCGAAGUAAUAGCACUACAAAUUUUUAAAUAUUCUGUGUUAUAUUUUGGACUAAACGAGGGAAACUGGCGAAGUAAAGGUGCUUAAGGAACAUAUGAAUCUUGUAAGCGCCUUGAUAUUGUGAUAUGAAUUAAUCGUAAUAUGUAAGUGAAAAUAUUGAUCGAUAUUUGAUAAUACGGAAACGAAAUGUACAGAGUGAAAUUGCAUAAUAGUCAUGGGUAAAUUUCCUUGCCUCGAUGAAUGUAUUGCAUUUAAUGCUUCUAAUUCAUAGAUGGGUAAUAUAGUAAUUUGGUACUGUUAUUCUAUAACAGUAUGUAUGUUGUGUUCGAUUUCUUAUACAUCAGACAAGAAGUAGAUAUUAAAAAGUUUUAAAAAAUCUA